AUGUCUUUGGCACAUGGUCCUGGUAGGGCUGGUGGCCUCUCAGGUUCCUCAUCAGAUCAGGAACUGCACGCCUUGAAACAUGUGGCGUACAUCAAAAACUUGGAUACUCGCAAGGAUGAGCUGCAAUACUGGCUGACCGAGCACUUGCGCCUCAAUGGCGUAUACUGGGGAUUGACAGCGCUUCAUCUUCUCGGCCAUCCCGAUGCCUUGGCUCGCCAAGAAACCAUUGAUUUUGUUCUUUCCUGCCAAAGGGACAAUGGAGGCUUCGGAGCUGCCCCAGGCCAUGAUGCUCACAUGCUCUACACCGUAUCCGCGGUCCAGAUCCUGGUCACCAUUGAUGCUGUGGAUGAGCUGGAGAAACAGGACCGUGGCGGUAAACAGAAAGUUGCGUCUUUCAUUGCCAGUUUGCAGAAUAAGAAUGAUGGCUCAUUCAUGGGAGACCAAUGGGGUGAAACCGACACCCGGUUCCUCUAUGGUGCCUUGAAUGCGCUCUCACUGCUCGGUCUCAUGGACCUUGUCGAUGUUCCCAAGGCUGUCACUUAUGUUCAGAGUUGCGAGAACUUUGAUGGUGCCUAUGGUAUCUCCCCCGGUACCGAGUCUCAUGCAGGCCAGGUUUUCACUUGCAUUGGUGCUCUCUCCAUUGCAGGCCGUCUGGAUCUGGUGAACAAGGACCGUCUCGGAGCUUGGCUCAGUGAACGGCAGGUUGACAACGGCGGUUUUAAUGGGCGCCCAGAGAAGCUCGUUGAUGCAUGCUAUACUUGGUGGGUUGGUUCAAGCUUAGCCAUGAUCGACCGGCUGGACUGGAUUGAUCGCCAGAAACUUUCUGCCUUUGUCUUGCAAUGCCAGGACCCCGAAGCCGGUGGGUUUGCUGACCGACCAGGAAACAUGGUUGAUGUCUAUCAUACCAACUUCGGUCUGGCUGGCCUGAGUCUGCUUGGUGUGGUGGAGGGACUGCAGGAAGUAGAUCCAGUAUAUUGUAUGCCUAAAUCUGUGAUUGCUCGGUGCUUUGCCAGGUGA